GCCCCAGCGGAGCCGGCAGGACCUGGGCCACCGAGUGUCCUUCACCCCCAGGAGCUUAUCACGAUGCAGCUGCUAUGGCUCAGCCUCUUCUUACUCGUUCAGAUCUCAGGGACCUCCAGAGUCCCAGUUAUCACACAGAGCCCAGAAACCCUCCUGGUUCAGACUGACAAAGAGGCAAAGCUCUUCUGUGACAUCAGAUCAUCCACAAACACUUAUGGAAUCUACUGGUUUCGUCAGGUCAUGCCUCCCAGCGUUGACAAUCGCUAUCAGUUUCUGGUCCAUUCAGAAAAGACCACUUUCACUCAUGGGGAGGGCAUCAAUUCAGAACAUGUCCUUGUGUCUGGAGAGGCAUCCAAAUCCACGCUCAGGCUUCGGGAUGUGAAGCCUUCGGAUGGUGGCGUCUACAUCUGUGCCAUUAUCGUAGGUCCUCAACUGGUCUUUGGAAGUGGCACCCAGCUAAAUGUGGUCGAUGUCUUGCCUACAACCCCUACACCCACCAAAAAGACCACCCCCAAGAGGAAAGUGUGCAAAACAAAACCCUCAGAGGUCACUCAACAGAAUGGUUCCCUCUGCAGCGCCUUCACCCUAAGCCUGCUGGUGGGAUGUGCUGUGGUUUUGCUCAUCUCCAUAAUUAUGAUCAUCCGAGUGAAUUACUUAUGGAAUGUAGCUCGGCACCACUUUGUGAAACAGCUUCAAAGAUGAAUACACCUUCCCACCCACCCCUCCCCCCCCAAAAUAAAGUUCUUCAAAUAGCUUGCUGAAGAAAUGCACUGGAUUUUAUAUAAGCAGAAUCGGAGAAACUGAGGCAUGAGAAUAGCAGUGAACUUUUGAAAUUUUCCUAAGCCACUGGGGCUGCCUGCUUUGCACCAUUGCCUGUCCCUCUUGUGAGUUGGAUUCAUAGGAUACAUAUGUUUGGCAGUCAUCAGUAGCAUAACAUCCUCUAAAACCUCAAGCACUUUCCGUAGUUUGCUGAGUGUCAAUGGACUAUGUUAGAAAGGACAAUACAUGACACAAAUACCAUUUCCUGUUGCUUGAGGAAAGAUUCAGACAUAUGCUGGCCCAGAGCCUCUGAAAGUCACCAGUCAGCUGCCAUGUUUGCAGUUUCUCAGCCCUGGGUCUGAUACCAUGAUUCUAAAGUGUCUCCUCAAUGACUGUCCAGCAAAACUAAGUUCGCAGAAGUGAAAGAUAAAGCAGAGAAACUUCAGCAGGAGCAAAGGCUGCAGAUUGUCCAAUUUGCACAAAGAAACAGAUGACCGUGGUUCACAGCAUUGGUUUCUAAGUGCUAGUAUGUGCAUGAUAGAAUUAACUUUGGUCUCUGGUGUCAACAAGGGUUACUUUGCAUGAUAGAAAGUGGUGCAGCCCUUCCGGUCUGCUAUUCUAGAUCUUGUCUUUGUUUUUGUGCGUGUGUGUGUGUGUGUGUGUGUGUGUGUGUGUGUGUUUUGUUUUUUUUCCCUUUUCUUAUCUCUGAACAAAAAUGUUCUGAGUUUUUUGUUUGUUUUAAAAUAAAGUCUAAUGUAAAUUGCUGUAGAAGUCUGGUCUUGAUGUAUAUCUCUGGGUUCCUUUGUUCACAAAUGUGACUUCAGAAAGAAAUGCCCCAAAUGCAAGACUGUUUUUAUAUCUUAGAGGGUUCCUAACAAGGAUGAUACUUCACAUAGCCAAGGUCUUCUUCUUUGGGAGGACUCAGAAGUGGCUUGGUGGUAUGUUAUGGCAGCAGAUACAUGGUGAGUGGUAGCCACCAGUGAUGACAGCCUUGUAAGCCCAUGCGAAGCCCGAUUGUCGGCAACAAUCCAAUUCAAUAAGCAUUUAUUAAGUGAUAUGCAGGGAGAAGGGACAGCAUGCUAUAGAACAGGGGUUC